AUGCUGGGCAAGUUCCUAGUCGCCGCUCUCGCGGUCAUCGGCGGUGUCAACCCCGUCGAGGCUCAGCAGCAAAACAUCUUCGUUACUGGUGUCCCCGUCACUGGUGGAGCUGCUGUUCCUGCUCGAAAGAACAUCAAUGACAUGCAGAAAGCUGGCGGCCCCGCCUGGGACCUUUAUAUGCGAGCCGUCCGCUCCAUGUACGAUGCCAAGGAGACUGACUGGAAGUCCUACUUCCAGGUUGGCGGUAUUCACGGAAAGCCCUUCAUUCAGUGGAACGGUGGUGGUGGUCGAAGCGGCAAUGGCUGGCCCGGAUACUGCCCUCACGGUGAGAGCAUCUUCCUGACAUGGCACCGUCCCUACGUUCUGCUCUACGAGCAGAUCCUCGUCGAGCAUGCCAAGCGCCUUGCCAACCUCUACCCCUCCAAGUACCGCAAGCAGUACGUUGAUGCGGCCAACAACCUGCGUGCUGCAUACUGGGAUUGGGCCCUCGAUGGCAUUCCCGCUAUCCUCACCCAGCAGAAUGUCGCCGUCAAGGUUCCCAACGGCAGCGGCCUCAAGACCAUCAACAUGAAGAACCCUCUUUACACUUACAACUUCCCCAAGGACGCCCUCAACAACAAGUACGGAUCAUGGGACGACGAGCACCGCGUUCGCAUCUACCACUGCCCCGCUCCCGAUAGCUUCCCUUCAAGUGCCAACAAGCUCCUCCGCCAGCGACCUUACAAGCAAUGGGUCUACGAUGUCAUGACCCGACCUACCACCUUCAACCAGUUCGCUUCCACCGGUGCCAACGGUGCUUCUCUCGAGCAGAUUCACAACGCCAUUCACUGGGAUGCUUCUUGCGCCGGCCAGUUCCUCGCCACCGAGUUCUCUGGCUUUGACCCCAUCUUCUGGCUGCACCACGCCAACGUCGACCGUCUCUGGGCUUACUGGCAGGCUAUGCACCCUAGCCAGUCUACUUUCACCGGUUCUUACUCUGGUGGUGCCCGUUACUCUACUCCCCAAGGCACCCGCAUCACUCCCAGCUCUCCUCUCAACCCCUUCUACAAAUCCAGGGGUAACUUCCACACCUCUGACAGUGUUAAGAGCAUCAAGGGUUUCGGUUACACCUACGCUGGACUCGAGUACUGGCACAUGUCUGCUAGCCAGCUCUCUAGCUCCGCCCGAACCACCAUCAACCGUCUCUAUGGCAGCGGUUCUUCCCGCCGUCGUGAUGUUGAGGAGCGUGGCCUGAUUGAGGAGCGUGCUGGUGCCAACACCACCCGUUACUUUGCCAACGUCCAGCUCGAUGUCACCGAGGUUGAGCGACCUGCUCAGGUCAACGUCUACGUCUCCGGAAAGCUCGUUGGUGGUCUCGUCGUUAUGCGACAGCCUGCUGAAGGUAUCAUCCACGGUUCCUUCUCCGCUGACCAGGCUGCCGAUGCCCCUCAGCUUCUUGCUGCCUGCUCUCCUACCAAGGUUGCCGAUGCCGUCACUAGCGGCCUCCAGGUUGAGAUUGUCAAGCUCGACGGCUCCAAGAUUGACAUCAGCACCGUCCCCAGCUUGAAGCUCAGCCUCGACGAUGUUGCCUACACUCCUCCUGCCGCCGAGGAUGACCUCCCCGUCUACGGUACUCCUCGCACCCAGCCCGCCAAGGCUGUUGCCCUCACCAACGCCAAGGCCCUCAAGGCUGUCGCCGCUUGUGCCAACAAGCUUCCUUCUUUCAACCCUCCUGUCUAA